AUGGCUAACAAACGUAAAAGUACAGGACAUUACUCACCUUACUUUAAGAAACAAAAGAAUGAAGAGGUUGAUCUACCAGAGCUCGAAGACAAUAUUGCAAAGGAUCUAAGGGUUUUGUUUGUUGGCAUCAAUCCAGGAAUCAUGAGCUCAACUCGAGGACAUCACUUUGCUGGACCAACUAAUCAUUUUUGGCCCUGUCUUUCUGAGAGUGGACUGGUUGACAAAGUAUUGUCUUACAAAGAUGAUCAGACUCUACCUGAAAUUUAUCAACUUGGAAUAACCAGCCUUACAGCUCGGCCAACACGUUCUGCUUCUGAUCUCACCAAGGCUGAACAGAAAGCAGGUAUUCCUGUACUCAAUCAAAAGAUACGCAAAUACAGACCAAAAGUGGUUUGUUUUGUUGGCAAGGGGAUCUAUGAGAUCUACAUGGGUGAGAAAUGCAAAUCACUUGGAUUGCAGCCCAAUACUAUCAAAUGGGACAAUGGAAAAGGUGCCUCAAAGAUAUUUGUUAUGCCAAGUACAAGUGGAAUCGUGUCCUCUUACCAGAAAUCAGAUAAACUACGUUUCUUCAAGGAACUUGCUGGUCUUGUUGAACAAAUAUCUUGA